AGACAACGCCGUCGAUAAUGACCCCUCUCACAAAAACCGCUGGCCUGCCUCUGUAUCUUUCUGACAGCACCUGCGGGGCAGUCACGGAGGAGAGCCCCUGGUCUUCCAUGAAGGUGCUGGGCGUGGAGUUCGCGCCGCUGAACGUGCCGCUCAAGCGACGGCUGCAGACGGCGGGUGUGCUCUUCAUAGCGGUGUCCUUCGUCUUCGGAGGAUUUUUUUGGAGCGCCCUGUUCGCUUACGUCCUCUUCUACACGAACUACUACUGGAUACCACUGAUCUAUGUUAUCUGGUACUUGUAUGACCGCGACGCGCCUAGGCGCGGAGGCCACUCGAGUCAAUGGGUGCGCAACUGGCGGCUUCACAAGUACGCCGCUGGUUACUACCCGGCGAAGCUGAUCAAGACGAGCGAGCUGCCCACAAACCGCAACUACAUAAUGGGAUACCACCCACACGGUAUCAUGUGCAUGGGCGCCAUGUGCAACUUUGGCACCGAGGCCACCGGCAUCGCGGAACUCUUCCCAGGGAUACGCAUACAUGUGCUCACGCUGAACGUCAACUUCAUGUUCCCUGUUCAGAGGGAAUUGCUGAUGUGCCACGGUCUGUGUUCUGUCGACAGAGAUAGCCUCCACUGGAUCUUGACAAAACAGGGAACGGGCAAUGCCGCAGUAGUCGCGGUCGGAGGGGCCCAGGAAUCACUUGACGCCCACAAGGACACCUACAUCAUCACCCUCAACAACCGCAAAGGGUUCAUAAGAUGUGCUAUGAAGAGCGGCGCCGACUUGGUUCCCGUAUUCUCGUUUGGCGAAAACAACAUAUUUUACCAGAUGAAGAACCCGCGUGGAUCGAGGUUACGGUGGCUGCAGGAGAAGCUGAAGAGCAUCACAGGCGUCGCGCCGCCCAUUUUUUACGGAAGAGGGAUUCUGCAGUACACAUGGGGAUACAUGCCAUUUAGGGAACAGAUUGUCACUGUUGUGGGCAAGCCCAUCCACGUGGACAGGAACGAAAACCCCACCGAGGAGGAAGUAGAUCUGCUCCACGAGAAAUAUAUGUCUUCUCUCAGACAGCUUUUCGAGGACCACAAGACGCUAUACGCUUCCAAAGAAUGCACUCUCACAAUUGUUUGAUUACGCCGCUGUUCAUAAGACAUUGUUACCAUUAAGUAGCAACACAUCGUCAUUACCAUGACAGAGAUGAUACGUGACCGUGGUAAGCACGGCAACAGCGUAUCGAUGCGCAAAUUACUAGACCGGUUUCAUCAGUCAUUAUACACAUCUUCACGUAGCUGCAAAAAAGGACCAUUCUCACUUUGCAGGUCCUCAGAAAGACUCCGGUGCAACAUCAAGGCACCAAGUGUAAUCAUAUUAAAAACACAUAUAAUUUAUAUUUGUUUUGGAAUGACAACUUCAUCAAAUACUGUUAUCAACACUAUGCCAGUAAUAAAGGCUGUCGGUCAAAAUGUUACUAC